GGACCAACAUUAAAAAAAAAAUUAUUUUUGAAGUUAGGAAAUGCAAGCUAACUUUACAAUUCUAACCUUGGAUUCGGAUUCAGCGGGUCGAAAUACAUAAGGAUUGACUAGUCUAGUCCGCCGGAUCAACCACUUUUUUUUGUGCCUGUGUUAUUGAAUCUUCAUUGUUCAAUAGUUCUAUUAAUUAUAGUUCUAUUAAUUAUAGAAAUUCAUUCUUUAUUAGUAUUCUAAUUAUCAAUAGUAACAUCACCAAUAGUACGCUGCGUAGUUGUACAGCAGUACUAUUCCUUAAUAGUAACACCAGUAGUAGUCACAGUUGUAUGAAACUGAUGGUCCAAUAGUGUACCAUUUGUCAAUAAUAACACCAGUAGUCAGAAUUUAUGAAACUAUUGGGCCAAUAGUAUACUAUUUGUCAAUAGUAACACCACCAGUAGUCAUAUUUUAUGAAACUAAUGGAUCAAUAGUAUACUAUUUGUCAGUGGUAACUCCCUCAAUAAUUACAGUUUAUGAAACUAUUGGAUUAAUAGUAUACUAUUCGUCGUAUAGCAACACCGCUAAAAGUGUACUCUUCGUCAGUAGUAAACUGUCAAACGUUACUAUUAACGUACUAUUCAAAUCUAAUAAUUACUAUUGAAAGCCCAAUAGUUACUGUUGGAUCUCAAUAGUUUUUUUUCAUAAGGGUAGAGGACAAGAAAAGACAAGAUACUUGCGUAAUCUGCUCUACAGAAACGUAUAUAACCUGGAAGAAUAUUCCCCACCAUUCAAAAAUUUGCCUGAUACCGACGAGCACGGUCACCGCUGCAAUCAUCACGGAUUUCGCGCUAACGUUAAAUUUCUUUGCGUAUUACGCAACGCUUACAAAUUAAAACGUUAGUUAAACGAGCAAAACAUUCGUCACUCCAAACACGCUAGUCUUUCUAGCACUCAUACAGGUAAAAGCCCCGAUUAGAAACAAGAAGGAGAAGAAGAAGAAAAACAAGCAGAGAACGUUCAAAGCAAACAAAUAAAAAUCGAGAAACCGUUAUUCGUCGAAGAAAAAAAAAUUAUCUUUUUGGAACAACGCCAAAUAAAAACAACUGCGACUGUAUUCAGACAACGCACAUUCUUGUUAACUCCAAACUAAUACCAAUGUCUUCUCAGAGCUGCGAUAGUUCGAGUAAAUUGUUAAAUGCUGAAAUUACACAAACGGUUCCUCUCAUCCGCCCAGCUUCAUCGUAUGAAUUCGCUGGAAAUUGUACGUGCGUUGCAUCAGAUAAAUGCCAAGUAUGCGGGAGUCUAUCCAGCAGACAGACUAUCGAGGAUGUGGACGAGGUUGACAGCUAUCGUCGCUAACACGGACGCUCAUGAUCGACCUGGCGAACACUGGGUCGCGUUUUACCUCGACGAACGCGGAACAGGAACAUAUUUCGAUAGCUAUGGAUCACCGCCCCUGGACAUCAGAUUCCUCCUACAACUGCGACGAAACUCAAUGCAGUAUCAUUGGAACACCGAACCUCUGCAAGGACUGCUUUCUCAAACUUAUGGACAAUACUGCUGUUUUUCUAUAUUUUAUGUCUAA